AUGUCGCAGCGUCCUCUUCAACUUGAUCGUGCCAAUAAUGCCUACUUUGUAGUGACUCUGUCGCAGUCUGGGUCGCUUUAUACGUCUCCUGGGUCUCUGGCUGAACAACACCCAGCUCUCAGUUACGUCGGUCGUGUUGGAGAGCUUGAAGAUACCCAUGUCUAUAGCACCCCUUUGAACCAGGAGGAUGUCGUCAGCCAAUUCCUCAAGGAGAGAAGAGGUGGAGGGGAGGGAAUUAUCCACAUCUCUAUCCCAGAGGAGACAGUACUGGAAAAGAGAAAGAAGAGAGACGAGUUAUAG